AUGAACCCCUCCCCCAUGACCAAAGCCUCUUACAAAACCCCCAACCCCUACGAAAGCCUCUUCGGCUACUCCCGCGCCGUCCGUAAAGGACCUUUUAUCUUCGUCUCGGGCACAACCUCUAUCACCCCCGACUCUGCCGGAGCGGUCCAGUACCCAGGCGAUGCGUACCGGCAGACGGUUGUUGCGUUUCGGGAGUCGCUCAAGGCUGUUGAGGCGCUCGGCGGGACGAAGGAGGAUGUGGUGAGGGUUCGCAUGUUUGUCGCGAGUAUGGACGAGCGCGAUGAGGUGGGAAGGGGUAUGAAGGAGGUGUUUGGUGCGGGCGAGUGGGCGGCGACAAUGAUUGCGGGUGUGGGAUUUGUUAGGCAGGAGAUUAGGGUGGAAGUGGAGGUGGAUGCGGUGGUGGGUAAGCAGAAAGCAGUGCAGGCCGUGGCCGUGGAAAGCAUCCGUGAGAAUUUAGAUCACCGGGGAUCACUCAGCCCUCUCAAGCACAACGGAUCACUCAGUGCGCCGGAUCACCAGUACUCACCCAAACUCGUGCGCAUUCCUCACCCGGGCCGCACGGCACUCAUGUAG